AUGGCUGCGCAGUCGACGCUGCGUGGCACUGCUGCCGAGCAGGCUAUCGCGGCCUUCUUCGAAAAGUGGACUGGUGCUGCCAAGUCGCGAUUCAGCAAUAGCUCCCGCGCAACGCGCAUCCUCGCAACCCUCGCCCUCAUUGCCUCCAUCAUUGUCGGAGCCGAAGGCACUCGCCGCUGGUGGAAGAGGAGCUCGCAGGAAAAUGAGCAGGGUCGCAAGCUGGUCCGCACCAACUCGUGGCUGCAUAACAAGGAUGGGUCGCGCACAAUCUACGUCCCGUACAAGCAAGGCACCUCCAAAGUCACCAUCAAUACCACCAAGCCUCUUACUUUCGAAGCUCAUCGACGGCUCUUUCUCAACCCGCCUCGUGUCUCUGGCCUGGGCGACGCAACAGUGCCUUCAGCACAGACCAAGCCUGGUCUGAACCUGGCGUUCCUCCACCAGUUCCUCAGCCUCAUGAGUAUCAUGAUCCCUCGCUGGACUAGCAAAGAAGCCGGUCUGCUACUCAGCCAUGGCCUCUUCCUUAUUCUAAGAACCUAUCUUUCACUCGUCGUUGCGCGUUUAGAUGGUGAAAUCGUGCGCGACCUGGUUGCCGGAAACGGCAAGGCUUUCGCCUGGGGUAUUGGAAAGUGGCUCGGUCUUGGAGGGUUUGCAUCUUAUACGAAUGCUGCCAUCAAGUUUCUCGAAUCCAAGGUGUCUAUUGCCUUCCGCACGAGACUAACGAGAUAUAUCCACGACCUGUACCUCAACGAGAAUAUGAACUACUACAAGCUGUCCAAUCUCGACGGCGGGAUUGGCCAAGGAGCCGAUCAGUUCAUCACACAAGAUCUCACCCUCUUUUGCGCGGCCGCGGCAAAUCUUUACUCCUCUCUCGGAAAGCCGUUUAUUGACCUCUGCGUCUUUAACUUCCAAUUAUACCGAUCUCUGGGACCUUUGGCCCUGACUGGGCUGAUGAGCAACUAUUUCCUCACCGCCAGCAUCCUCCGCAGAUUGUCUCCUCCAUUCGGAAAACUCAAAGCUGUAGAGGGCCGCAAAGAGGGCGACUUCCGCAGUCUCCACGCUCGUCUAAUUGCCAACGCCGAAGAAGUUGCGUUCUACGGCGGGGCUGAAACGGAAAAGGCCUUUUUAAACAAGGAGUACAAGUCGCUCAAGAGCUGGAUGGAGGGCAUAUAUAUGCUCAAGAUCCGUUACAACAUUCUUGAAGACUUUAUCCUCAAGUACAGCUGGAGUGCUUACGGCUACCUUUUGGCUUCGCUGCCUGUCUUUUUACCGGCCUGGGGCGGCGUCGGAGGGCUGUCGGAGAUGGCUGAUAACGCCCAAAAAGGCGGCCGUCAACACAACCGCAUGAAGGAUUUCAUCACCAACAAGCGCCUCAUGCUUUCGCUAGCUGACGCCGGUGGUCGUAUGAUGUACUCCAUCAAGGACCUAGCUGAGCUUGCUGGCUACACUAGCCGUGUAUACACCCUCAUUUCCACUCUGCACAGAGUCCACGCGGAUGCCUACUACCUGCGAAAUGCCCAAAACGAGCUAUAUUCGCUCUCUGACGUCCAAGGAACUAUUCAAAAGGGCUUCGACGGUGUCCGCUUUGAGCAAGUCCCGAUUGUUGCCCCUAGCCUUUGGCCUCAGGGCGGCGAUGAGCUGGUGGACUCGCUUUCCAUGAUUGUCCGCAGCGGCGAGCACUUGCUUAUAUCUGGACCGAAUGGCGUCGGCAAGACCGCCAUUGCGAGAGUUCUCGCUGGCCUUUGGCCCGUAUACCGCGGUUUGGUCAGCCGCCCCAAGAGUAUCGGUGAAGAUGGCGUCAUGUUCCUGCCUCAGCGCCCGUAUCUCAGCCCUGGCACGCUCCGCGAUCAGGUCAUCUACCCCGACGGCCACAUGGACAUGCGCCUGAAGCGCAAAUCUGAGGACGACUUGAAACGCGUCCUGGACGAGGCUAAGCUUGGAUACCUGCCCGAUCGCGAGGGUGGCUGGGACACACGCAAGGAAUGGAAGGAUGUGCUGAGUGGCGGUGAGAAGCAACGCAUGGGCUUUGCUCGCUUGCUGUACCACGAACCCAAGUACGCCAUCAUCGACGAGGGUACCAGUGCCGUGUCUAGCGAUGUCGAAGGACUUCUCUACGAAAUGUGCAAGGAGAAGGGCAUCACUCUCAUCACAAUUUCGACCCGCGCGUCUCUCAAAAAGUACCACACUUACAACUUGGUCCUUGGACAGGGGGAGACUGGCGACGAAUGGGAGUUUGACCGCAUCGGCACCGAGCGCGAGAAGCUCCAGGUGGAGAAGGAGCUGCAGGAGAUUCGCGAGAGGCUGGCACAGGUUGACGAGUGGAAGCAAAGGCGAGAAGACAUCGACAAGGAGCUGGCGGCGGUGUGGACGGAUCAGGGUGAGUCGCUGGAUGCACCCGAGUACGUCGAAAUGUCUGAGGCUACCGGUGAAGAAGCGGUGGAAGCUACACCCGCCUAG